AUGUCGCCAGCUAAAGUUGAUGUCACUAAGAAGAAGGAUGACCCAAAGGCUAAGGCUUUGAAAGCUGCGAAAGCUGUGAAGUCAGGCCAAACCAUUAAGAAGAAGGCGAAGAAGAUCAGGACAAAGGUGACAUUCCACAGGCCAAAGACAUUGACGAAGGCUAGAGACCCAAAGUACCCACGCAUCAGUGCAACUCCAAGGAACAAGUUGGACCAUUACGGAAUCCUCAAGUACCCACUCACCACCGAGUCCGCAAUGAAGAAGAUUGAAGACAACAACACCUUGGUAUUCAUUGUUGACAUCCAUGCAGACAAGAAGAAGAUCAAAAAUGAUGUCAAGAAGAUGCAUGACAUUCAGACCAAGAAAGUCAACACUCUCAUUAGGCCUGAUGGAACAAAGAAGGCCUACGUGAGAUUGACUCCUGAUUAUGAUGCUUUGGAUGUGGCUAACAAAAUCGGGAUCAUCUAA